UGGGAGACCAAUAACUAAUGGGUCUCUAUUCCUAUAAAGUGGACCAGAAAAAGGUUAGUUCAGUCAAAAUGAAAGUAAAAUUGCAGCUAAUGCACGUGAGAUGAAAGAAAGUGAAAGGACAACAGAGUAUAGGGAACCUUUCAAACACGCCACCUCAUUGUGUUUUCAUUCUUUACCAGCACAGCACAUCAGAUCGUCCUCCAUUCACAAAGCAGUGAUGGCAGAAGCAGCUACCAGAACAAGAGGGCGAACUUGCUUCAGAUUCAUCAAGUGCUUGUUUGUCUUUAUAAUUCUGCUCAUCUUAUCUCUUCUUUUCCUUAUUUUCAUGGCAAUCUGGGCCAAGGACCAAGUGGUUCAGCAAAUACUGAAAAGAGUAAGUGAAGACAUUAACAAACGCAAGGAAGAUGGCGUGUAUAGAAGACCAGCAAUCACAAAAAUAUUUAAUCUCGCAAGUUCACUGGAUAGCAACGAAAAACUGGAAAUAUUCAAGGAAACCAUUCAAAUAGCGAUAGAACAGGAAGAGAGACUGAAGGAAGAAUCCAGGUACAAAAUGACAACCCUCUCAAAACAAUUCAAUGAAAAAAGGAAGGAAUUAGUUCGUGAAUUGGAAGAAGCAAUGUUAUUAUCACAUGAUUCUCCACCACUCCAGGAAAUAGUUGACAUUGCAUUUCACAUGUUGAAAAAAACCGGAGCUUACAUAGACAAGAAGCUGGAUUUGCUGCAAAAAUAGAGAACUCGGAAAAGAUAAAUCACAGGAGUAAAUGAUGAGCUUCAGAAAAUUGUAAGAGAAACAAUAAAUUGAACUUGUGUUUCUGUU